UUCAAUUCAAUUCAAUUCACAACCAGUGAUUCAAUGACGUAGUGCGCCAAGAGUUAGCUUUCCCAACCCGGAAAUGCACCUAGCCUGUGAGAAGCUGAAAUUGAGCCCAUACUUGGCUGUUCUCAACUACGUCCGCGAGACUGCUUUAAACUACGGGGCUGGCUGCUCGUUCUUCAGUAGUGUUUCUACACGGCUUCGAGAAAAUGAGUGGACGCGGAAAAGGAGGAAAGGGACUCGGGAAAGGAGGCGCCAAGCGUCACCGCAAAGUUCUUCGUGAUAACAUCCAGGGUAUUACCAAGCCCGCCAUCCGCCGUCUGGCUCGCCGUGGCGGCGUGAAGCGUAUCUCCGGUCUUAUCUACGAGGAGACCCGUGGUGUGCUCAAGGUGUUUCUUGAGAACGUGAUCCGUGACGCCGUCACCUACACGGAGCACGCCAAGAGGAAGACCGUGACCGCCAUGGACGUGGUGUACGCUCUGAAGAGGCAGGGUCGCACUCUGUAUGGUUUCGGAGGUUAAAUCCACAGCUCGACUCCCAACACAACGGCUCUUUUAAGAGCCACACAAUCCAUCUAAGAACAAAGAUGUUAUUAUACACUUCAUACUGAUUAUAAUUACAAGAAUCUUAAGGUCUCGGUUAUAGAUCUGU